UAAGGGUCAUUGUUUACAUCCAUCCAUACAUGCCAUUUCUGUCUGGCAGAGCUGUAGAAGACUAAUGAUCAUCUAACUUCAGGUUCUUUUUCCAUUUCAGCUUGACUGGCAUAGACUUGAAGCUUCAGCACCUGUUCUGCAGAGAAGACCACAUCAAAGGGGAAACCUUGUGGAUUUUGGCUACCAAAAAAAAAAAAAUCAUUCCUGUUUACAUCUUCCAAACCAGCUGCCAUCAUUUCUCCCCCAACAGCCAUGUACAGUUCCAGCUACUCCAGGGCCAAGUUUGGCCUGGAGGGAAAGGAGCCUCUUCACAGGCCCAAAGGGAAGAGUUGCGGCUACUACAUGAGGAUCGUCUUCUUCUUUUCCUCUCUGAUCCAGUCCCUCAUCAUCGUCAGCUUGGUGCUCUUCCUCAUCUAUGGACAGCCCGAGAAGUCUGCAGAGGAGAAGAGAGUGAAGGAGCUGGGGCUGAACUUCAACAAGCUGAGUGAGAACAACAUCCAGCUGAGGAAAGAGAAAGGGGAGCUGGGAGCUCAACUGGCAGCUCGCACAGCUGAGAAAGGUGCUCUGGAAAAAGAGAUUGAGAAGUUGAAGACUGAUGCCAACAGCACAGAGUUCGGCUUAAAAAUUAAAUUAGCUAACUGUGAGAGGACGACUGCAACUACACGUAGCAUGAUGAUGCGGUGUUCCAACCCUCCGAUACAGCCUCCUGUCAUUGUCACUUCAGGCGGUGAAUUAAAGACCUUGAAGAGCCUCAAUGCCCAGCAGAGCGCCAUGAUAAACCUCAUUGAGGCAAACUUCACCCAGAUGGUUCAGUAUCUGAACCAGGAGAGAGACAACGCCCUCAAGGACCGAGACACAUAUCACCAGGAUACCAUCACCCUGCGCAGGGAUAACGCCAUGCUGAAAGAACAGCUCACCACCUACUCCAGGAAAUGCAAAGAGGACUUUGCUCAUUCACUGGACGGCAUCCAAACGGUGACCAGUGAUUUCCUGAACAAGAUCAAUAACCUGUUUCCCCAUCAGCUGACCUUUCACCUCACUUGUGAGCGCCAGCAGGAGCAAAUGGAGAAGAUAAGAAACAGCUGCACUAAUCUGUCCAGAGACGUGGAGAAUAAGUUUCAGAUGUACUUAGACAACGUGGGCAACAAGGUUGCAGAGAUCCAAGGCCUGUCAAGUCGUCUGGUGGUGCAAAACUCACACAUGGCCACCGAGCUGAAGCAGUGUCAGCUCAGUCGCAGUGAGACACUCGCCGAUACCGCAAACCAGCUGCAGCUCAAGCAAAAGAAUCAUGAUGACCAGAUGGAGAAAUUACUGAUAGAGCAGAAUCGAAUGAGAGACCAGAAGAAACUGCAAGAGGACAGUUUGGCACUGAAAGAGAGCGAGCUGAAGACUCUGAAAGAGAUGGUCUCUGCUCAGCCCAAUUGCAAGUUGGGUCUCCCAAAAGCUCUUGGCUUUGAGGUGGGCUCACAGCCGAACAGACAAACUGUCCCCAACUGGUCUCCUAUUGGAGCACCUGUUCUCAGAAAAACUCCAACGGUGAGAUAAAAUGAACCACACAGAUGGUUUCAUUCAUUCAAAGCACCGGUAUUAUGCCAGAGCGAUCAACGUUCUGCCUUUAAGGAAUUAAAGGACAUGUAAAUAAUUCUGGACAUACUUCACCAAACACAUCCUGUAAAUAUUUUCACUCCACAUUAAUGACAUAUCUUGUGCUUUUGCUCUGUGCAUGCCUCAUGUGGCUCCACUCUGAGAAAAUUUUUGUUUUUUUUGUUUAAAUAUUUGCUGUGAAAAUGUAAAAAUGUUAAUGACACUGCUGUAAAUAUGUUUUUUCUGUAAGUUACUCACUGUGGUUUGUGUGG